CGUGCCAGGCCAGAGCGCCACCGCAGAUACCUCCCAGCCCUGGGCCCACUGGUAUGGAAGAACUAACUCAGAGUCCAGAAGAAACUGCCCGAAUUCCUUCCUGGCCUUCUAGGCACUACCAGCCAGAAGUGGCUUCCACCAUCCAGUGAAAGCUGUUGUGACAUGUAGGUGGUCGGAAACAGGUACCAUCGCUGGUUUCUGAUUUCUACAGCAGAGUGCUGGAGCAGAACAACUGGACAAAAGCAAGUGUCAUCAGGUUUACAGUCGGAUUGGUAAAGUUUAACUUGAAGCCUCCUUGCCUGCAUGGAAGUGGAGAGAUACAUAUUGCUCACAGAAUAAAAGAAUGGGCUUCAACCUGCCUUUCCACCUUUCCUACAAGUUCCGCUUGCUGCUGCUUUGUACCUUGUGCCUGACGGUGGUUGGGUGGGCCACCAGUAAUUACUUUGUUGGUGCUAUUCAAGAGAUUCCCAAAGCAAAGGACUUCGUGGCUGGUUUCAGUAAAGCUAUUAUAGCUUUGGGGAAAGAGGAAACACUUUCCAGUGAAGCAUCCCAGAAAAAAGCAGAGCUUGACAAUUGUCCUUCAGUGUCUCCGAACCUCAGGGGUCAGAGCAAGCUCAUUUUCAAAGCAGAUCUCUCUUUGCAAGAAGUACAGGCAAAAAAUCCCAAGGUGUCCAGAGGCCGGUAUCACCCUGAGGAAUGUAAGGCUUUGCAGCGGGUUGCCAUCCUCAUCCCCCACAGGAACAGAGAGAAGCACCUGAUGUACCUGCUGGAACAUCUGCACCCCUUUCUGCAGAGGCAGCAGCUGGACUAUGGCAUCUAUGUCAUCCAUCAGGCUGGAGCUAAAAAGUUUAAUCGAGCCAAACUCUUGAAUGUGGGUUAUCUCGAAGCUCUCAAGGAAGAGAACUGGGACUGCUUCAUAUUCCAUGAUGUGGACCUGGUACCAGAGAAUGACUUCAACCUUUACAUGUGUGAAGACCAGCCCAAGCACCUGGUGGUUGGCAGGAACAGCACUGGGUACAGGUUACGUUAUAGUGGAUAUUUUGGGGGUGUUACUGCCCUAACCAGAGAGCAGUUUUUCAAGGUGAAUGGAUUCUCUAACAACUACUGGGGAUGGGGAGGCGAAGACGAUGACCUCAGACUCAGGGUUCAGCUUCACCGAAUGAAAAUAUCCAGGCCAAAGCCUGAAGUGGGUAAAUACACAAUGAUUUUCCACACUAGAGACAGAGGCAACGAGGUGAACAUGGAAAGGAUGAAGCUCUUGCACCAGGUGUCACGGGUCUGGAGAACAGAUGGCUUGACGAGUUGCAAUUAUAAAUUAUUGUCCGUGGAACACAAUCCUUUAUAUAUCAACAUCACAGUAGAUUUCUGGGUUGGUGCGUGACCCUGAAUCUUUUGGCAUUUGAAGAGCUGAUUGCAAUAAUUUUGGCCUAGAGAUGUUUCCUAGUAACACACAUUAAGAACUUGGUACAGCCAAUUACUGAGAUGAAUGUUUCCUUUUUGUAUUUUCUUAGCCGAGCUCCUGGUGAUAUGGAAUGUAAAACCAUUGUAACGAUACAGGUUUCUUAGUUGUUUUGAUCAUUUAGGGUUAAAUAUUGUAAUAGAUACUUGAAGGACAGUAUAAAAAGACUUGGAAGAUAUCAUGAUGGCUACCUGAAAACUCUGGUUGGAAGAGAGUAUUUUAAGUUUGAAGUGAUGCAUUAUGACAUAAAAACUCAUAGGAAACCAGAUUGCUGAAUGUCUCAGAGAACUGGAAUUGUUCUCCUCCAAGCAAAAAAGGUACGAAGAUGUAAUUUCCGUUAUUCAUUUAUCCUGCAUGGGGAUCUGUGAAAUGUUGACCCUGCGUGAGAAGGAAGAGAAAGCUGUGGAAGACGCUGUGAAUUUAGGAAUGAAGAGGUGGAGGGGGCAGGAGUGAGAUGAGCUGCCUCUGUGCCGUGCUGGUCUAUGGCUGUGGAUGCCACCUGCCCAGAUGCACUUUCCAGGAAUCACCCAGCCAACAGCGCAUCAGCUACUAGUUUUUAAAGCAUUUUAUACCAUGAUUUUAUACAUGUAGGAUAUGAUGUAGCAGUUUACAGAUUACAUAAUAACUAAUGAUACAUCUAGAAAGUACCUCUGUAGUAAAAUAUGAAAAAGCAUCAGGUAUUCAGUCUUGUUUUUUUACUGUCAUCGGAGGCUACAGGUGUAUUCAUUUCAACACCCACUAUUUCAAACAGCUUAAAAAUAGAACAAAUAAAUUUAAAACCUCCCUCUUUCAUCCUCUGUUCCUUUCCCUUUGCUUCUGUGUGACUUCCUGCAUCACUAGCCCCAGGAGGUUACUCUGCCUCUUGUUCCUGGGAUUUCUCCACCUUGUUGUUCCCUCCAUCCUUUUGGGCCACCUCCCUUCCCAUAAUCAACAGUAGGAACAGCAGGGUGACCUUGGGGGUGCACCUAGUUUGGACAUGGGACAGACAGGAGUGGGGCUGGCUGUUGGGGGAACCUGGGGUUGGAAACUUGAUUUGGGAUGGUGGUGGGGCCGUGGCACUG